AUGGUACUGAUAUUAAUGGUUCUGUGGUUAUUUACACAAGGAGAUGCUACUAAUGUUAGGCUAUCUGGAGGCCGUGGUCCUUGGGAAGGAAGACUUGAAAUAAACCACAAUGGUAGUUGGGAAACAGUAUGUUAUCGUGAAUUUAGAUUAAAUGACGCUAAAGUUGUUUGUCAUAUGUUAGGAUAUCAGAGAGUAAUAGCUCUAUUUAACCGAAAACGCCUUUCAAGCGGCAAUAGUGGACGCAUAAUGUUGAAUAAUAUAAGAUGCACUGGCAAUGAGAAUGAUAUUGGUACCUGUCCUUCAAGCGAAUGGUUUAAAACAAACUGUGACUAUCACAGUGAUGUUGGUCUUAGCUGUGUCAGACAUGGAUUAGAACCAGUGGAAGGAGUAAGGUUGGUUGGUGGUACAGGACCAUACGAAGGGACUGUGGAGUUAAAUAUUAAUGGAGUGUGGGGAACAAUUUGUAGUAACGCUUUUGAUUUAAGGGAUGCAAACGUUAUAUGUAGAAUGGCAGGAUACCCAAGGGCAGUGCAGGCAUUUAUAGGUGCUCAUUUCGGAAAGGCAGAUGGUUCUGUUUUGUUAGAUUACCUACAUUGCACCGGUAAUGAGACGAAUAUUGACAACUGCAACUCAGAUGGGUGGUACAGAACAAAUUGUUAUCAUUCUCAGGAUGCCGGAGUUGCCUGCCUAAGUAGUAAAAGGAGUCAUACAGUGGAAGGAAUAAGGUUGGCUGGUGGUAUGGGACCUUUUGAAGGGACAGUUCAGUUAAAUAUAAAUGGAGUGUGGGGAUCAAUUUGUGGUAACAGUUUUGAUAUCAAUGAUGCUCACGUGAUAUGUAAAAUGGUAGGAUACCCGAGGUAA